AUGAAAAGGAUAUUAUUAGAGUGGCCUCGAUCAAAGCUCAAGGCGGUUGAUAUGUUCUCCAAGCCCAUCAGUUUGACCUAUAAAAGACAGCAUUCUUUCGGUUCUCUUUAUGGAGGGAUUGUUACAUUAGGAUUAACCACUUUUCUACUUUGAUAUGGGAUCAUCCUAUCCAUUCAGAUGUUUACAAGGUCUGCAACUUCAAAAUCAAAGAACAGUAUUCUCAAAGAUCAUGUUACUAAUUCAGAGUACUACUCAUUCGACUCUUCUGAGUUAUCCUUCGCUGUGCAUAUUAUUGACCGUGAAGCUUUUGAAUCAAUAGCAGAUCCUACGUAUUUCAAUGUGACAGUGACCCAAAUGAUUGAUAAAUACGAUGAAAGUACAUAUAAAUUCAUAAAUUCAAACAAAAGCUACCCAAUUUCCAUUUGAGGGGAUAGAUACCCAAAAGUAAAUCCUCUCAUAGAUUCCCUAAGCGGGGCUUUUAAAUAAUGUUUCGUAUUGUCCUGAAAGAUCUGACUUUGUGGUUGGAGGGAGCCCAUACCAAGAAGAUGAAACUAAAGCUGUUGAGAUAUCUGUGAAGAAAUGAGCUAAUGGCACAUCAAUCAUUUGUCAGCCACUAAGUGUCAUAAAUGCAAAGGCAAAAAUAUCUUCAGUAUUCUUAGUCAUCAGCACUAAAUAUUUUGACUUUGAGGAUUACUCAGAGCCUGUUAAGAGAGUUUUAGAUGAAAGGAAUUAUCUUUCUAUGGCUCCAGGAAUCGUAAAAACAAUGGGCCUGUUUCUCAGAAAGAACAAGGUAUCUUUAUAAUGGAUAGUAUAUUACCCUUUAGUAAUACAGAAGAGAGCACCUUCUUUUCUUUAAGUACAAGAUAUAAUGACUUUGAAUUUGAAAAAGAUAGCAGUGAUACGAAUUUGAUCCGAAUUUUGCUUGAGCAAGACCCUAUUGUUGAUUCAUAUGAGCGAAGAGUCUACACAUUUCUGGAUUUCUCUGGCCAGCUCGGUGGAUUCUUUGAAAUCCUUGUCAUUUUAGGUGGAAUCAUUGUCAAUCACUUUUCAAGCAAACUCUACAAUUACUCGAUGUUUAACAAGCUGUAUUGUGUCGAUCAAAGAGAUUUAAAUGAGAAAUCCAUAAAUGCUGAGGUUGCUCCAAAAUCUAAAGUACCUGAUAAUGAAAUAAGUAAAGAAUACAUUUCAAAGAACAAUAGCAACUCAAGUUCGAUCAACUUCAACAAGUCCAAUGACUCUGAGUGUAAAUAAAUCGCAAGACUCUGGCUUACUGCAAAAGGUCAAACACAAGCUCAGUUUUCAAAGAAGAUACAACUUUACAGCUAAAGAAUACAUCAAGUCGUGCAUUCCGUUCAUAGCCAACAAGUCCAAGCGUCAGUUCACAGCUCUCAGCGAUAGAUUCAGCGAUGAAUGCGACCUGCCUUCGAUCCUGAGGUCCAUCCGACAGCUUAAGACGAUGAUGCAUCUGGUGCUGAGCGAACACCAGAUUCUACUCAUGGGCUUCGACGCCAGAGUCGGUGUCAGAUACAACAGCAGAGUCGAAAUCAGCCCAAUGACUCCAGGUAUGCCUAAAGUCUGAUUUAAAGUUGACAUGCCUCCUGUUGGUGAAGCCAGAAGCAACAGUUUUUAGCGAGAAGAUCGAGAACUUAAUCAGCAAACUCAAAGAAGUUAGCAGAGAACAACUCAGCAAAGAUGCAGCGACAAUUCUUGGAAUUGACACUUUACAGGAGAACGAAGUGUCAGCUAAACAUGAAACUGUGACGAAAGACAAAAGCUUCUCGAAAGUGGGAUUGAUAGAAGAACAGAAAGAGAAUGUUGACUGGGCAGAAUAUCCUGUGAAGAGCUUUAAAGACAUAUAA